AUGAGUAAUUUGACGCCUCUCUUCAACGAAUGCGUUGAAAUUGUCACCAAAGAGUUGGGCUCAUCCAUCAAAAUUGUUCAUUCCAAACAGGAUAUACCGCCAUAUUUCAUCCAAGACACGUUUAUCAAAGAGUGCAGUCAAUUGUACUUGAAUCUUGUCAACCUUGCAUCCUUCAUUUCGCAAAUCAAACCCUAUUAUCUACAAGUGAAUGAUGAAUUCUCGAAAACUAGAACGAACUCUUCUCAUCUUAGCUUGGAAGAGAAGAACAGGAUAGAUGAAGAGUUCAAGAUCAAAAUUCAGCAGGUGUUUGAAAAGUUGAAAUUUCUUCAAUCCUACCAGCGCAAGCAAACAGAAGCGACAGAACCAAAACAAAGAAAGGGAUUCAUUUCAUCAUUAUUUGGCAUAGGUGACAUGAGUCCAGAACAGUUAUAUUUUGUGACAAUUGCUACGCAUCGUACAAGCGUUUUGAAGUUCCUACAUGAGACAGCUACAACCGUCAGUAAAUCAUUUGAGCUGAUCCAGAGAAAAAGAUACAAUAGGGAAAAACAAUUGAGCUUACUCAACUUCCAAAAUAUUGAUGACGAUCUCAAUGAGGAUGGGGAUCCAUUCCAGAACACCUAUCAGAUCGACCUCAUUGAGGACGAGAGUACCAGUUCUGGCCAGGACUUUUCCCAGCUUAGUCAAGAGCAGCUACAAGAGCUUAAGGAAGAAAAUCAAGAGCUUCUUGAUAGAAAGACGAAUCAACUCAAGCAAGUUGAAAAACUACAUCACUCUAUGGUCGACAUUAUCAAUUUGCAGUCGGAGAUAUCAACCCACUUGCAAACGCAGUCAGAGCAGAUCAAUUUGCUCAUUGAAAAUCAGGACCAGGUUGAUCAGGAUUUGCGAAGCGGAAAUCAAACCCUUCGAAAAGCGACGCAUAGAAAUAAGCGUGGCUCCAAUUUCAUCGUUACAAUUUGUGUUGUGUUGGGAUUUACGAUAUUGAUCCUUGACUACAUCGUCUGGUGA